AUGUCGUCCAACUAUGAUUUCGUUAUAGUUGGUGGAGGAACCGCAGGGUUGGUGUUAGCGUCCAGAUUAUCCGAGCUUCCCAAUAUUCGCGUUCUGGUGCUCGAAGCCGGCGACGAUCGAUCGCAGGACGAACAGGUUAACGACCCGGCCCAGUGGUUUACCUUUAUGGGUAGUUCAGCUGAUUGGAGCUUCAAAAGCACAACUCAGGCAAGUCAUCAUUUCUGCCUCGGCGACAAGGAACUCCCGCUCUCUCAGGGCAAAAUUCUCGGAGGCUCGAGCGCAAUCCAUGGCUUGGUGUAUACUCCCCCAUCUCGAGCAAUCAUCGAUGCUUGGGCUAAGUUGGGCAACCCACGAUGGGAAUGGGAGAACUUUGAAAGGUCAAUAGAGAAAUCGUGUACCCUAACAUCAGCCGACGGUAGCUCGACAGGUAACGGGCCACUCCAAGUUUGGUUACCGGAUGUUGCCGAAAAUCCAUGGUCCAAGGCAUGGAAUGCUGCGUUAGACAAUAUGGGAUUUCGUCCAGUUGAGACGGCCUUCCCGGGGCCCAAAGUUGGUACCGUUAUCAACGCGGACACGGUGAAUCCCGUCUCUGGUCAGCGAAGUUAUGCAGUAUCAGCUUAUCUCGAUUCAGCCCGACAACGAGACAAUUUAACGGUUAUUACGGGAGUAAUGGCCAAAAAGAUUCUUUUCGAGAAGAAUGAUUCUGAAGAACCCACAGCCAUUGGAGUGGAAUAUACACAAGGAGAUGAGUUGAGAGUAGCACUGGCAAACAAAGAGGUUAUCUUGUCGGCAGGUACCUUCAACUCUUCACGGCUUCUAGAACUAUCAGGAAUCGGCUCGAGCUCUCGACUUAACAAGUUGGGCGUUGAUGUAGUGGCGGAAAAUCCGUUCGUCGGUGAGAAUUUGCAGUGCCACAGUAUGUGUGCUGUGAGUUUUGAAAGCAACGAGGCUUCGCUUGACGAGUUUGCAACUAAUGACAAGAACACGACGUUGGAGAACAAGGAGAGUCUUUCUAGGUAUGAAGGGACAGGGCUCAACGUUGCAGCCUACUUGCCCUUUCCAGCGAUUAAUACUUCGGACGGCGUGUCAGAUCUGGAAAACAUCAUAAAACACAGUUCCCAUCAUCAAACCAACGUUCAACCUGGCAGCGAGGCAGAACCAGCUAUUUCCAAGGCAGAGAAGCUUUUUCACGACUUUCAUGCGGAUUUCGUUCACUCUCUUCUCCGGGACAAAACAGGCGUAUCGGGUUAUUACGUCUCAUCACCUAGUUACAUUCCACUAAGCGGACCGCCCUCUCCAGGAGACGAAACAUAUUUUUCCAUUCUCCUUCUCCUACCUCACCCGCUGUCUCGUGGAUCAGCACAUAUUACCUCUGCAUCAGCAUCAACAUCGACCGCACGUCCUGGCCUUGCAAUAGACCCACGACUUCUCUCUCAUCCUUUGGAUAUCGAAGUUUUUGGUAGACAUCUUCGCCAAGUGGAGACAAUCAUUGCCAGCUCACCACUCGCAAGUUGCAUCAGGAAAGGAGGCAAAAGGAAUCCAGCUGCUUCGAUGGUUGGAGGAUUCAACGAUCUGGAAGCCGCCAAGGACUACCUUCGACGUACAUCCGUAGGGGCUCAUCAUUACACUGGAACAUGCUCAAUGAUGGCGAAGGAAUAUGGUGGUGUGGUUGAUGAGAAGAUGCGCGUUUAUGGAUGCCGAAACCUGCGAGUUUGCGAUGCCAGUAUCAUCCCGAUUACACCUCCUGCGAACCCGCAGGCUACUGUAUAUGCAGUGGCUGAACAUGGAGCGUCCAUUAUUAAGUCUAGUAUUUAG